CAUCAGAGCGUGCGUACGUGCGUCCUGGCGCAGUGACGCCUCUGUCCCAGAAUGCAGUCUGGUAAACAGACAUGGAAGCACCAGGUGAAGACCUCCACAGAGGCUGAGCGCUGCACUCGCUCUUUCCCACCGUCUUCUGUCUACUUCGCUCAGUGCAUCCAGUUGAAUUAUAUCUGCCUGGUGUCACGUUUACGUCUACAGCAUCCAGAGCCUUGACUCUUCUUUCCAGUGUGUGUGGCAGCCAGCGAUCACCCAAACUGAUGAGGAUCGGCUGAUUGAGUUAAAAAUAAGUUCCUUUUUUCUUAUUUUACCAAGCGGAAAGAAUGUCGGAAAGGGCCGAGGAUGACGUCAGGGGGGAGCAGCGCCGAGCGGCCAGGCAGCAGCUGAAGCAGCAGCAGCAGAUCCAGCGGGGAGAAGGCUCCACAGCAAUGGCGACUGUUGCGGAGCGGAGAUCCUUGCCUAGUCCAGAAAUAAUGCUGGGACAGCCUUGGAGCAACUGGGUCGACGCCGCCAAACUCCACGGCAACGACGGUGCUGAAUCGGAGGAAAGUUUCAAAGACUUCGGGAAAAAUCGAGAUGUCAUGCGUUUGUGCAGAGAAGACAUGCCCAUAUUUGGCCAGUGUCCCGCACAGGACGACUUCUACCUGGUGAUGUGCAGCCACUGCGGUCAGGUAGUCAAGCCCCAAGCCUUCCAAGCACACUACGAGAGAAGACACAGUUCGGCCAGCAAGCCAGCCUCCACCUCGCCCUUCCCCGUGCCGGGCAGGAACCGGAGCAGCGGGCCUGGGCUGGGCUCGGGGUCUGUAGCUGGAGUGGCGAGUGGAGGCAUCCUUGGCCGACCUUCCACCGCUGGAUCCAGCUUAUCCUCCUCUUCAGUGUCCUCCUCCUCCAAUCCCAAACUCCUCAAACCAGCCAAAGAGAAGCUGCCAGGCAUUCAGCGAAGACCCCCCUUUGCAACAAUCAGGAUGCUCCAGCCGGACAAGAUCCUCACCCCGGCUGUCAAGGUGGAGAAGAUGCAUCUGAAGGUGGACUCGUCAGCUAAGCUGGUGCAGGCCCCAUCUGCCCCCGCCACCACCGCAUCCUCCUCUACAUCCUCCUCUAGCACCACUGUGAGCUCCAACACUACCACCAUCACCACCUCCUCCUCCUCAUCAUCAUCAGCCCUUAAACCAGGCCUUAACUGUCCCUCCAUACCAAAGCCUCCAUUACUGGCCCCGGGUCAGAUUCCCAACGGCAAGGGCCACCUCUCAGUCCUCUCAGACAAGAAGCAGGACAGCAGCAGCAGUGCCAGUAGCAGACGCCACCUUAACAAGAAAGUGACAGAACGUGAGUUCAAUCCAGAUAUCCACUGUGGCGUUGUGGAUAUUACAGCUCGGAAACCAUGCACAAGAUCCCUAACAUGCAAGACACAUUCCUUAAGCCAGCGGAGGGCGGUGCCAGGGCGGAGGAAGCGCUUUGACACAUUGCUGGCGGAGCACAAAAACAGAACAAGGGAGAGGGAGAGAGAACUCCACCAACCCCAUUCCCAGCAAAACCCCUCUCUCAGGGACCCACACCCCUCCUCCCACCUCGCCGCUGCCCAUGACGCCCACCAGGUCGCUCAUGGCAACGGCACCGCCCCAGACGCCACUAAGCCUUUGCCACUCGGCAAGCCCAAAUUUCACAGCCCUGGUCUUCCACGACUUAACAGCAGUCACGGAGGUGUUACCCCCGGAGACCCUGCAGUAGUGCAGGAGUCACCACACCAUCCCCAAACUACCCCCGAUGGGUUUUCCCGACCCUCCAGUGACGAGGGGGAGAACGAAGAGCGGGAGGACAACGCUGACAAACUGGACUGUCACUAUUCAGGUUAUCACCCUCGACCGGCAGCUUACUGUACCUUUGGAAGUCGACUCUUUAGGAGAGGCUGUUACUCCUUUGACCGGCGAUGGGACAGAGUGCGAUGUGCCCUAACCACGAUGAUGGACAAGCAUGUCAACUCUCAGAUGUGGAAGAAAAUUCCCUUGGCCUUGGAGAACUCCUCCUCCUUUGCACCUACCCAUAGGACAAGCACAAACUCCCAUGGUAGCACUCCCUUGUCAGGCUUCCUGGGCCCCCCCGCCACCUUGCCCCAGACUCCUUAUAGCCAAUCCUACGAGGGCAAGUCCGUGCUCUCCUAUGGGACCACCUUAAAUGCCCGCAGCUCCCCACAGGGCGGGGCUGAGCACCCGGCCUACGGCAUUACGCAGGCCCGACAAGUGUCUUCGUCGCCGCAGAUGCCUUCAGCCCACUCGUCCUCAUCCUCUUCUUCAGCUCCUUCCCUAGCCUCAGGCCGGGCGCUUAAGUCCCGUUCCUCCAGCAGCAGCACUACCAAGUCCUCAUCAUCCUUCAGGCCCAAGGAAAUCUCCUCUGGCUCCUCCACACCUGUCAUCUCCAACUCCACAACUGGGGGCAGCAGUGGAGCCAACAGUAACAGUAGUAGCACUAGCUUCAGCUCGGGGAAGAAGAGGAAGAACAGCUCUAUUCUCUCUUCAUCCCAUGGCCCCUCUGAAUCCUCUUCUUCUAAUGCCAACUACUCUUCCUCCUCCUCCUCUUUCAAGAAGAACUGUGCAAAUGUCGGCAGCUCAGGGAGCACCUACCACCACGGCUCAUUAGGUCCUGCAUCCUCAUUAUCCUCCUCCCACAGCGGAGUCCACAGUGUGGGGCUUAACUGCGGCCCCACUGUGCGCACCAACUCACUUAGCCUCAAGGCCGAGCCUUCUGGAGGUUCAGCAGGCGGCUCCUCAGGGCCGCCAGCAAGAGGUCCUCCUUCGGGCAGCCCUGCAGAGUCCAUCAAGCGCAUGAGUGUGGUGAUGAACAGCAGUGACUCCACCCUUUCCCUAGGGCCCUUUGUCCACCAGUCCUCAUCCGACCACCACACCAACUUCAGCCACCACUCCUCAGACGGACGCCUGGAGGGCAAGAAGCGCAAAAGCUCUCCUGCUUCCAGCGGCAUUAAUAGUGGAGGUGGGGGAGGCGGGCUCGGAGGAGGAGGAGGGGGACCUGGACCAGGUAGACCCAAAGUGGCCAAGUCACCUGCCAUUAACAACAUCCACGGGAAGCAUGGGCGGAGCAUUCCAGGGACGCCAGGGCUACCCAACAACUCCCAUUUACAUCAGCCAAAGGCUCGUCCCUGACAGUGGUGUCCGGCUUCUGUGUAUGGAACCGGCAGGCAGACGGGGAAUAGUCCGGAGCAGUCUGCAUACUGCUCUGGACUGCACGAGGCCUUCUAAAAUCAAACCCACAUUACUCUCAGCUUCCCACAAUCCUCAGGGUGGAGAUGAUCUGGACUGCCCAGUGAAGUCAAUGUGGUCCUACCUAUUUCUCCCAAAGCCGUGUGUGUGUGUGUGUGUGUGUGUGUGUGUGUGUGGGUGGGGUGGGGGUGCGGUGGCACUGUACGGGGAUAGCGUGGCGUGCCAGGGGUCUAAUGAGCGAGCCAACGACCCCCCACGCAAGUGUUGUCCCAGUAUUUUGAGAGGGUCUUCCUGUCUAGUUGGAAGUGGGAGGAACAAUAGCAACAGCCAUCGGUCUCUUAAGCUGCGGUUCAAAGCUCAUUUGGGUUCAGGUUAAGGGCUGCCGCAACAAGCCGUCGUGACGCUGAGCAACUGGGGAGACAACAAGCCGAUCUCUUCCGUGUUUGUUAGAAUGAGUGUGUGCGCGCGAGUAUUUUUCUCAUGUCAGAUUCUGCUGGACUACUGGAAUUUCCAACUUAAUUACACCCCCAGCCCUGAACUCAGAAGCCUUGGAAGGAGAGCAGGAGCAGCAGCAAACUGUUACUUGCAACACCUUAAACAACACACAAUCACCUUGUUGUUUCACUUUCCGUUAGUCUGACUAUCUCACGGUGACACGUUGAGUAACCUCAGGUUACGCACGGUAGCCUGAGAGGAGCCUGUAGGGACGAUCUGGUCAAUUCUUUUAUCAUCCAGAAUAAUUAUGCAAGUGUUACCUUUUUAUGAUUUCUUAUGAGCUUUUUACACUGAACUACAGAGAGUCUUUGUAGACAUGGUGAAGACAAGUUGUGCUUUCAAAUGUGAAAAGGACGCCUGAUGUGCCCAUUCGAUUGAAUCUUUUGUCAGAGAGAGAGCUUAAUUUUCUGAAUCUUUUCAUUGCGCAAAAUGAUCGACACAGUAGACCUACCCCCAACUGUGAACAGCACUAAAUAACUACUUUCUCCACAGGCACUGCUUAGUUGUCCACAAAGCUAGCCAAAAGCUGCUAUCAGCUUUGCCAACUACUUUUUUUUUUUCUUUUAAACUAAAAGGUAGGCAGUCUUGCUCAUGAAGCGGUGAUGGUGCAUUGCCUGUGUGGAUAUGAAGAAAAUCUGUGCAAACCGUAUUGUUAUUGCCACAACUGACCUACUUUUUACCCUGUGUGAAAUCUACAGCUGUUGUGGGCAGAUGUAAAUUGUAAUGUUUAUUUUUCCUACAUAGGGAAUCAGGUAUGGUACGUCUUAACUGGAGCAAAUGUUAUGCACGUCACCUGUCUUCUGUGGGUUUGAUUGUCCCUCCUAUGUGUAACCACUAACCAAGCUCUGGAUGUUAGUUUCAAUGCCUCACCGAAACACUAUGUUGGUGUGCGUUGAGUAAAGAUUUGUCACAGUAAAACGGAUAGCCAGGCAUUAUACUCUAUUCCUUUGUCAAAAUGGAGUAGUAGUAGUCUUAAAUCAGGCAAUACUUGCCCAUUUUUAGUGGUCUUGAGUGGGUUUUAUGGUGCGAGAUUCAUGGAGAUGGCUUCACGGGACACAUUUAAACUUUUGGCAACACCCCCUGUUGAUUUAUGGAACCUCCACUGAUGUCAGAAAAGUGUGGAAAAGUAGACAAUUUUUUAAAAAGAAUCUUAAUUUAGCUUUUUUCUUGUAGACUAUGUAUCAAACAAGUAUUGAAGUAUCCCUAUUUGAGAAUACAUAUUUUGUUAACAAAUUGUACAUAGUGAAAUAUGUAUUUUUGCACAGGCAUUUUUCGUACACACUGAGUUUUUGGUACAAUUUUCCCCAAAAAAAAAGUCAUUAUUUAUUUAUUAAAGUGAUGAAAAGUCAGAGUGGUUCACUGCCAAGUCUAUAUAAUGCAAUACGCCUAUAUGUAGAAGCUGAAGCAUCUCAUGAAUCGUGUACUUAAAACCUUUUGAGGAACAAAGGUGAAGUGUCGCCACUGUAGCAUGUCUGUAUGAGAGGAUACCUUUAUUCACUUUUCAAGGUCUCAAUCACAUGUGCUUUUUACAAGACAUUUUACAUUGCCUAUGAAUCAACACAACAAAAAAAAGUUACUAUAUGACCCAAUUAGCCUGUGAUUUUGAAAUGUCCUGCAGGCUUGAAGCUGCACCCGUUGUCUAACCAGUUUCCACGGACUCUUCAGUCAUACACUUUGUAGACCUUAAACACAUUUCACGAUUGAAACACUUGCAUUCUAUUAUAAAGGCUGAAGGGACUUAAGCAAUCAUUGCAAGGAAGAGGAACACUUCAAACAGUGCAACUGCUUGCAUCAUUAUUGCCAAACAAUUUGAAUCACAGCUUUUAAAGAAAUAGUUUGCAGCUUUUAAAAGAAAUAUCAAAUUAAGAAAGUGCCUGAAUUAGUUUCACCCUGACUGUUUUGAGGACAGUAUUUUUUGGGUUGUUUUACCUUACUUGAAUGUUUCAAAGUGUUUAGGAGUUUGCUUUUAAAUCUGCCUAUGAACCCUAAAUGUGGUAAAACCUGAGCUUGUCAGCUGCCCAUUAUGAAACACUUUAGUAUUGUGUGUGUUUGGUUUUUGUUUUGGGUUUAUCCAAGUUCUCCGGACAAGACGUCGAGAUUUUCUGUUCGCCUCAGUGUGUGGCUUAAGCCCCCUCUGGUUUACUGGGUUUUGUACGUAAAAACCUUCAAUCAAGUGUUUUGUUUACCCUCAAACUCAACGGACAUCUUGACGUUUCCAGUUGAUGGAAACAUCGUGAGGAUGUUUUUAAUUAGCACCAUAGACUUGGAAUGUGAACGUGAGAGAGAAUACAACUCGUGUUUGGGAGGAAAAAAUAAAUCCACCAUUCAUACUAUGUAAAA